AUGGCGCAGGAUACAUCGGGAGCCGGCAGCGGCUCCAAUUAUGGCAAGGUCAUAAGCGACGGGCACCAGACCGUGUCCCUGGCUGCGGCCGUUGUAGACUUUGCAGGCGGGUAUUGGAAAAGCUAUUCGAGCAAGCAGAGUGCCGCCUCCGCCUACCGCGCCAACCUGGGCGAGUGGGCGGAUGAGGCCAUCGACCGCGAUAACCAGUGGCUGCAGCCCGUGCUGCGCCUCAAGCCCUUCGAAGACCAUUUGUUCGGGUGCCACGGCCGUCCGGUACCCACCGGCGAGUGCAGGUCGCGUCUUGCAUGGGCGCAGCUGCUGUACGCCCUCGACAUCCGCCCCGGAGCCAAGGUGCUGGAGUGGCGCCUGCCGCCCAAGGCUAUAGACCCCAGCGAGACGGGCAGCAUCGCCCUUAUUGUCGACGGCAGCGUCAUGUGCCACAUCAUAAAUCUGUACCGUCUGUACAAGAACCCCGUCCCGGUGGAGUUUACGCCUAUGAAGCCCAUGCAGGGAGAGCCCAGCGGGUGCAACUUCUCUUUUGGCCGGUUGACGGUUCAACGCCUUGGUGCAGACCGGUUCACGGCCAGCUUCGAUCCAGGCUCGCGAGGCGACUUGGCCGCAAAGCGGGUGCCCUUUUCUCACAUAGCGUCUUACCUCCCUGGGACGCAUCUCAAGUUCGAGCGGAACACGCUGAUGUUCAAGUACUUUGACUGCGUGCUCAGGCAGGUGCCCGCAGUUGAGGGGGCCAGCAUGAGCCCACUGCCACCACCGAAUGCGCCUCCCCAGACGAGAGUUGAAUACUACAACCACAGCAUCAAGAUGCUACGGAAUCCGCACCAAUGUUCAGACAAAUGCGUGCUGGAGUGCUUCCGCUCCUCUUCGUCGCACAGUUGCGGAGAUGGGUGCAGAAGAUGGUGCCGUAAGAAGAGUAAGGAUGAUUGGUCAAGCCCACGGCUAGUGAUGGGCUCUUGGAUCGCCGGAAUCGAGCGCAUCAAGCGGCGCGUCACGACAAACGGCGGCGGAGAUUACGGUCUGCUGGAUUUCAUCGUGGACACUCUGGAGAAGCGGCCACAGUUUGUCUCGGAGCUGACCAAGAAGAUGAGGGAUUUGAAAUAUUCUGCUGGCGGCGAUGAAAUAACUGAGGACAUGCGGGCCAAAAAUGUAUCCGAAAUCCUCAAAGAGAGGUGUAUGUUCGCCAAGGACAGACUUGUCAUCUACUGGCACCCUAAUGGCGAGUCGAAAAAAGAUCCACGUUACUACAUUGGCAAGCACCAAAUUAUAAAGGAGUUGCCGGCAGUCCUCGAAGAACUCACCAGGGAGCGUCAGGUUGGUUGGCUAGCGCAGGUAGCCACAAUCGAUCCCGCGGUGUUCUUGGAAAUGUUCAAGCAAGAAGAAGAAUUCCGAAACUUGUCCGUCUUGGUGCUGGAGCUGGGUCCAGAACACGACUUAUGGAAGGGUGAGUGGGAGGUCAAGGGGGAAUAA